AAACCUACAAACACCGACUCCGGUCCCAGUACUGCCUCACUCCCGCGCGCGCACACGCACAGACAGACGGACAGACACACAGACAGAGGUACAGGCAGACAAGUCCAGCAGCGGCCAGUGCCUCGCUCUCUCACGCGCCUCUGCACUAAAACAAAAUAAAAGCAACCAGAGAAAGAGAGAGAGCGCGCGCGCGUGAGAGUGAGAGAGAGAGAGAAAGUCCCUCAGUGCGCCUCCCUCUCUCCCGCUCUCUCUCUCUCUCCCUCUCUCUCUCUCCCUCUCUCUCUCGCUCUCUCUCUCUCUGCCUCCACACGGCUCGAGCGCAGCGCGUCUGUGUGAAAGACUGAAGUAAUAAAAGCAGGAGAGUCGCAGCGCGCGCGCUUUCGCUGCUGCUCCCACGUGCGGAUAUAUUCUUGUUUUUGUUGUUGUUUUUUCUGCUCUGAGAGACUAAACGCGACUUUAUAAGGACGGCGUUUAUUUUUCCUCCCAGUGCCGGAGCGCGUGAAGUGCGUCGGAGUUCCCCUUCGCUCCGAGCUGGUGGAAGCCUGUGGCGCGUGCCCCUCAAAUCCAGCGGGAGACAACUAGCACACCGUCACGCGCGCGAGCGGCUCGCGGACAGAAUGAGCGCGGGACUUAAUUUUGGACGACUUGGCGGACAGCUGGAGGUUUUGGGGGACAGGUUGUGAGCGGACGAUGGAGAGACACAACUUUUACGAGAUCCAUCUGAGGGCCUGAGGUGUCAUGGACACCCAUCUGGAUCAAUGACUCAAAGCCCUCUCUCAUCCUGAGCCAGAAGUUCAGCAGGCUUCAGAAAAGCUCCUCUUAUCAGAAGGAAGAGGCAGUUGACCUCAAACCCAGAAGAACGACGCAAACAGAGCUAGCUCUUUCUUUUUAUUCGGAUUAGCCUUCAUGACCAUGGUAUCCAGCAUUGUAAGGGCCUGUCCACCUUCGCUCCAACUUCUCCUUCCUUUUUUGCUGCUGCUGCGGUUGGAAGGGCUCAAAGCUGCCCCCUCUGGCCCAGAGUCCGACACAUGUUCCACGCUGGUCCAGAACCGCUUUUUUGGCUUCUUCUUCUCCUCCUUCGUCUUUCCCAGCACACCCUGUUCAUGGACCCUGCAGAACCCGGAUCCGAGGCGCUACACUAUUUUCAUCAAAGUCACCAAACCUAUGGAGGACUGUGUGCCCCGGCAGCACCGCACCUUCCAGUAUGACUCCUUCCUGGAGACCACCCGCACCUACCUGGGCAUGGAGAGCUUUGAUGAGGUGGUCAAGCUGUGCGAUGUCUCCACUCGUAUGUCCUUCUUGGAAGCAGGGAAGCAGUUCCUUCAGAUCCGGAAGGGGCCUCCCAAAGUGGGUUCGGGCCGAGGGGAGGGGAGCGGGGAGUUUAAGGUGGAGUAUUUGGUGGUGGGAAAGCGGAAUCCCAGCAUGGCUGCCUGCCAGAUGCUGUGCCAAUGGCUGGAGGACUGCCUGACCUACAGCACAUCCAGCCGGCCCUGCGGCAUAAUGCAGACUCCCUGCCAGUGCUGGGACCCUCCUCCGCUUGACAAAGAGGAAAAUGGAUGCUACAGAGAUGGAGUCUACCUGGAGAACUGUCUGCCCACUGUGAAAGUGCCAGCCUCUGACACAGACACCAGCGGAGGUUGGAGUAGCUGGGGGAACUGGGCAGAGUGCAGCAGUGAGUGCGGGGGAGGGGUCCAGACACGCACACGUGUGUGUAGCUCAUCUCCAGACGAAGCGUAUCUGUGUGAUGGAGUGCUGGAAGAAGGCCGACCAUGCAACUCUCAGCCUUGCAUCGGCAAAGGACGGCACGGCUCGCGUAGCCAGUCAUUGCGAUCGGUGGACAGCCGCAAGCGAGAGGAUGUGGACAAGAGCCGUAGUGGACAGCAUUCCUCUCAGACAGUAGACUCUCCGUCAGGUGAGGAGUGGUCCCCGUGGAGUGUGUGUUCAGCCACAUGUGGUGAAGGCUGGCAGAGUCGCACACGCUUCUGCGUCUCCGUCUCGUACAGCACACAGUGUAGCGGCCCACUGCGCGAGCAGAGACCCUGCAACAACACCGCCGUGUGUCCAGCCGCUCUGAUUGCAGUGCACGGUGCGUGGGACGAGUGGUCUCCAUGGAGUCUGUGCUCCUCCACCUGUGGCCGUGGCUACAGGGACCGCACACGCACUUGCAAGCCACCACAGUUCGGAGGAGAUGCGUGCGUGGGCCCUGAGAAACAGACCAAAUUCUGCAACAUCGCUGUCUGUCCAGUGGACGGUGUGUGGAACGAAUGGUCUGCCUGGAGCUCUUGUUCGGCGUCUUGUUCUAAUGGCACUAUGCAGCGCACUCGCGAGUGUAAUGGCCCAUCGUACGGCGGCUCUGAGUGUCAGGGGGAGUGGCUGCAGACGCGGGACUGCUUUCUGAGGGAGUGUCCUGUGGAUGGACGAUGGCAGCCGUGGAGUGCUUGGUCCAGCUGUACGAAAACGUGCGGCGGGGGGAGUCAGCAGAGGCAGAGGGUGUGUUAUGGGCCAUUCUUUGGGGGUGAGCCGUGCCCAGGAGACCGUGAGGAAGUACGUCGCUGUAAUGAGAAGAGAUGUCCAGAGCCCCAUGAGAUUUGUGAUGAGGAGAACUUCUCUAAUGUGGUGUGGAAAAGAACUCCUGCUGGAGACACAGCAGCUGUACGCUGCCCACCUAAUGCUGUGGGCCUCAUCCUUCGUCGCUGUUCACUGGAUGAUGAGGGCAUCGCCUACUGGGAGAAUCCUACCUACAUGAAAUGUAUCUCCAAUGACUACCGUAGUAUCCAAACUCUGACCCGGGACCACCUGUCAAAGGCGCAGAGGGGGCUUGUGGGAGAUGGAGUUUCUGAGGUAAUGACCAAGCUGAGGGUGACCUCCAGUGAUGGCACCAGCUACAGUGGAGACCUGCUGGCAAUAGUGGAUGUUUUGAAGAACAUGACCGAAAUCUUCAGGAGGUCCUACUACAGCCCCAGCAGUGCUGACAUGAGGAACUUUGUUCAGUCCAUUAGUAACCUGCUGAUGGAGGAGAAUAGGGAGCGAUGGGAAGAAGCGCAACUGCUGGGGCCUAAUGUUAAGGAGCUCUUUCGUCUGGUGGAGGACUUUGUGGAUGUAAUCAGCCUCCGAAUGAAGGACUUUCAGGACACUUACGAGGUCACGGACAACCUUGUGUUGAGUAUUCACAAGCGGCCCGUGGCAGGCACUGCUGACAUCAGCUUCCCCAUGAAGGGCUGGAGGGGCAUGGUGGACUGGGCCCGGAACUCAGAGGACAGAGUCACCGUCUCUAAGAAUAUUGUCUCCUCUGGCAACCCAGAUGAAGAUGAUGCUUCAGCGUUUGUGACCGGCAUCGUCCUGUACCGAAACUUAGGAAGCAUAUUGUCUCUUCAGAGAAACAGCACAGUGCUGAACUCCAAGGUGAUCUCUGUGACAAUCAAGCCCACUCCCAGCUCCCUCUCGGCCCCAGUGGAGAUCGAGUUCUCACACCUGUACAACGGCACAACCAACCAAACCUGCAUUUCGUGGGAUGAGAGUGACAGCUCGUCUCUGCUGGGCUCGUGGUCUGGCCGCGCCUGCAGAGCCGUGCCCAUCGACUCGUCCAGGACCAGAUGUGUGUGUGACAGACUGUCCACCUUCGCCAUUUUAGCGCGCCUCAGCCUCGACGCGAGUAUGGACCCGUCCAAGACGCAGCUGCCGUCCGUGACUCUGAUCGUGGGCUGUGGGGUCUCCUCCCUAACCCUCCUGCUCCUCAUCAUCAUCUACGUCUCCGUGUGGAGGUACAUCCGCUCCGAACGCUCUGUCAUCCUCAUCAACUUCUGUCUGUCCAUCAUCUCCUCUAAUGCUCUCAUCCUCAUCGGACAGACUCAGACACGCAACAAGGUUUUGUGCACUCUCGUGGCAGCUUUUCUGCACUUCUUCUUUCUCUCCUCCUUCUGUUGGGUUCUGACAGAGGCCUGGCAAUCCUAUAUGGCUGUGACGGGCCGUUUGAGAAACCGCAUCAUACGCAAGCGCUUUCUCUGCCUGGGCUGGGGCCUACCUGCUCUUGUUGUGGCCAUCUCUGUUGGGUUUACCAAAGCAAAGGGAUACGGUACAGUUAACUACUGCUGGCUGUCUCUGGAAGGAGGGCUGUUGUACGCGUUUGUGGGACCAGCUGCAGCCGUAGUUUUGGUUAACAUGGUUAUCGGCAUUCUGGUUUUUAACAAACUGGUGUCCAAAGACGGCAUUACUGAUAUGAAACUGAAGGAGAGGGCAGGUCAGAUGACAGUGCCACUGUACAAUAUGACGCUCAAAUGUGCCAAGUGCGGAGUUAUCUCGUCGGCUGACCUUUCCACCACAGCUACCAGUAACGCCAUGGCGUCUCUGUGGAGUUCCUGUGUGGUUCUGCCACUGCUGGCCCUUACCUGGAUGUCUGCGGUUCUGGCCAUCACUGACCGCCGCUCAGCCCUCUUCCAGAUUCUCUUUGCCGUGUUCGACUCUCUGGAGGGAUUCGUCAUUGUGAUGGUGCACUGUAUCCUGCGUAGAGAGGUUCAAGAAGCGGUGAAGUGUCGAGUUGUUGAUCGUCAGGAAGAUGGUAAUGGGGACUCGGGUGGAUCUUUCCAGAAUGGCCAUGCUCAACUUAUGACUGACUUUGAGAAGGAUGUGGACAUGGCUUGUAGAUCAGGCACUCUGAAGCGCUCCUCUCUCCAAGGAGAAGAGAAGUUGGCAUCUCAGCAGCUCACUCUUCAGAAGGGCUCCAAUUUCAACACCAUGCCGGCCAGUAUGGCUAAAGUUCACCUGCAGAACGUGGCCGACUACGCCAGCCACACGCUGACUCUGCGCCGUGAGAAGGGUGCCAUCGCGGGGAUCAGCACAGAGCUGCCCGGAGCCAAGUCCAUCUACAUCUGCGACGGAGAGCUGUUCAAACAGCUCGAUGGAGACCUGAGCCGAGCCCCAGGGGACAGCAGCACGGGCCCCGAGGGAGGAGGGGGAGUGGGCCAGGGUUAUGUGAUCCUGCCCAACAACAACAACACCACCACCCUCAGGCCGGCCAAGGCCAACAAGGAGGACCAGGCCUCCAAGUACAAUAUCAGCAUCGAGCAGCUGCCCCAGACCAGGCUCAUCCAUCUGACCAACCCCACGGGCACGGAUCCUGUGCCGGGCUUUGGGCUGAAGACCCUCCCUGCCGAGCGGGUCAGCGUGUCAUGCUCAGAAAGGGAUUCCCCCGUGCAGACCAUCCAGAACAUUUCCAGCGAGGCCCAGAUGAGCAGCAGUGCAUGUGAGCCAGGGGACUCUGGGAAUUCAGGCAUGAUGUCAAAGAGCGAGACUGUCUCCACACUGUCCAUGAGCUCCCUGGAGAGACGAAAAUCGCGCUACGCAGAGUUGGACUUUGAGAAGAUCAUGCACACACGGAAGCGCCACCAGGACAUGUUCCAGGACCUGAACAGGAAACUGCAGCAUGCAGAGAAGGACAGAGACUCUCCUCCGGUGGACGGCAAGCCUGGGAAGAGGUGGAGCGUGUCGUCUGGAGGCAGUGAUAAAACCAACCUUAGUGACAAGCAGCAGACUCCCAGUAAGCGGGCGUGGGAAGGAAUCAGGAAGACACACUCUCCACCGUCGUGGGUUCGGAAGGAGCUUGAGCCCCUGCAGGCGUCUCCUCUGGAGCUGCAGGCAGUGGAGUGGGAGAAGGCCAGUGCCACCAUCCCUCUGGUGGGUCAGGAGAUUAUGGACCUGCAGACUGAGGUCUGAUGGGCCUCCAGCACUGCGCAUAGGCUCGGAACAAAACCGCUCCACUGGCAGGGAAGAAAGAGAAAGUGGGAAGUGUGCAAGGGAAAAAAAAAAGAGAGAAUCCAGAAAA